AUGGGCGUUGAAGUUGAUACGAAAGAAUUUAAACUGAAACCUAUGAAGUGUGAAUUUAAUUUUUUGAGUAAAUCUGAUGGAUCCGCUAUUUUAUCACAAGGAGAAACAGUGACUUUAGUAAGUGUGAAUGGCCCAUUAGAUAUUAAGAUGCAAAGUCAGAGCAUAGAAAAAUCAACUUUAGAAGUUUUGUUUUGCACAAAAGGUGGCAAACCAUCAGUCGCAGACAGAUACAAAGAGAGCAUAAUUAAACAGACGUGUGAAACUGCUAUACUGGGCAGUCUUUAUCCACGGUCAGGCAUUACUGUUACCAUUCAAGAACUUGAGGAUUACGGAGGUCUACUGUCUUGCGCACUUAACUGUACCUGCCUAGCCCUUCUCAACUCGGGCCUCGCAAUGCGUUUUGUGUUCGCGGCCGUAUCAUGUGCUGUAGACGAAUUGGGCAACAUUGUGCUGGAGCCCACUCAAGAGCAAGCAACUAGUGCUAGGGCCCUUUUAAACUUUGUGUUUGAGAGCCGGAAUAAGAACUUAUUAACAGGUUUCUCUGAGGGUAGCUACAGUGAAUCCGCAUAUGAAGAAGCACUGGAAAGGUGCCGGGCGGCCAGUGACCUCGUUUUUACUUUCUACAGAGAUAUAAUCAGUAAAUAUUCUAAUGUUAUAUGA